ACUGCUCCUGACGUCAGCGAGAUUGUCAGGAGUGCAGAGCCUAGCGCACUCUCCCUCCUUCUCCUCCAUUGUCAGCAAGCUGAACGAUGCGAUCGCUCGCAGCCGUCGUCGCCGCCCAAUAGAGACCCCAACCCGAGAAAUAAGCACAACUACCCCUCAAGAGAGACCGCGAGAGAGCCAGAGACGGAGACAAGCCCUGUUUCAAGCCUAUAUCAGCUGUCGUCAAUCCGGUUUUUAAUGCUUUAGCUAGUCGCUGACAGACAGCGAGAGAGAGAGAGGGAGCGAGAAAGAGCGAGCGAGAGAGACAAGAGAGGGAUAGGGAAGAAAUCAGAGGAAAAAGGAUUGCUCGUUUUUCGUAUCUCGCCUGUUUUGGAGAGAAAGAAGAGACGAGGCUCACCUAAUCAUGGGAUGUACACUGAGCGCCGAGGAGAGAGCGGCUUUGGACAGGAGCAAAGCGAUUGAGAAAAACCUCAAGGAAGAUGGAAUCACUGCCGCUAAAGACGUGAAACUACUCCUGCUAGGGGCAGGAGAAUCAGGCAAGAGCACCAUCGUGAAACAGAUGAAGAUUAUCCAUGAGGAUGGCUUCUCUGGGGACGAUGUGAAGCAGUACAAGCCCGUGGUCUACAGCAACACCAUCCAGUCCCUGGCAGCCAUUGUCCGUGCCAUGGACACACUGGGACUGGAGUACGGAGACAAGGAGAGGAAAGCGGACGCUAAGAUGGUGUGCGACGUGGUGAGCCGCAUGGAGGACACGGAGCCCUACUCCCCCGAGCUCCUCGGCGCCAUGAUCCGCCUCUGGUCCGACUCCGGCAUCCAGGAGUGCUUCAGCCGCGCCCGCGAAUACCAGCUCAACGACUCCGCCCAGUACUACCUUGACAGCCUAGACCGGAUUGGCGCCCCGGACUACCAGCCCACAGAGCAGGACAUCCUCAGAACCCGAGUCAAGACCACCGGGAUCGUAGAAACCCACUUCACCUUCAAGAACCUGCACUUCAGGCUGUUCGAUGUAGGAGGUCAAAGGUCAGAGAGGAAGAAGUGGAUCCACUGCUUCGAGGACGUGACGGCCAUCAUCUUCUGCGUGGCCUUGAGUGGGUACGACCAGGUGCUUCACGAAGACGAGACCACGAACCGACUGCACGAGUCCAUGAAGCUUUUCGACAGCAUCUGUAACAACAAGUGGUUCACUGACACCUCCAUCAUCCUCUUCCUGAAUAAGAAGGACAUAUUCCAGGACAAAAUUAAGAAAUCUCCGCUGAGAAUUUGCUUUCCGGAGUACACAGGUCCAGACACCUUCAUGGAGGCUGUGGCAUACAUCCAGUCUCAGUACGAGAGCAAGAACAAAUCCACCAACAAGGAGGUGUAUGCCCACAUCACCUGCGCCACGGACACCAACAACAUCCAGUUCGUCUUCGACGCCAUCACCGACGUCAUCAUCGCCAACAACCUGCGGGGCUGCGGCCUGUACUGACACGGCUCUUUAACUGGACAGCCUCGCCGUUCUAAACCGCCCGUCUUUAUCUCUGUUCCUCUUUCGAACCUCUCCUUCCCUCCGCCCGUCAAUGACAUCACUCGCCAACAUCCCGCGGGGCUGUGGCCUCUGCCAAACUCACGUGUGAGCGAGGGUCCAUCUCCUACCCGCCCACCCACAUGCUCCACCCCUAUCACCACAGCCUAUUACCCACUCCCAUCAUCACCCCACCCCUGCCACACCCCCAUCCCCUGAGAGUUUUCUUGCCAUGCAAGCAUUGCCAAAUAUUCUGACUGUAAAGAUAUUGCUACCAAAGCAUUAGACCUUUGAAAAAAAUAGCGCAUUUAGGCCUUUUCUUAAAUCUCUGGGAUGCUGCCAUUUUCUGGAGUUGAGGUGCUUUUGGGUAGUCACAUGCCUUACACUUCCCAGAAAAAGAAAUGUCAGAGUAUGAGGUUUGUACACAAUGCGAUUAUUUAUCCACACCACUACUUCCUCCCUGACCCCGCCUCUCUGUCAUCUCAUCCAACAAUUAUGCAGGACAACAACUAACAAUUAGCCUGAGAAAUCUGCCAAAAUUGGGAAGAAAUGACAACAAUCAGUAAAACCAAAACAGAUUACACCACUGUAUACAAAGCGGGAAAAGGAAUCGAUAACCUAUUUCAAAGACUUUCAAAGACCUUAGUGCCAUACCGAGCUGAUGUUUGAAAUAAGCUGUUGAAAUGGGUUCAAAAACGUGCCAAAAACUUUAAUAUCAUGAAUAGUAAUUAAUUUUGAAAAAUACAAGUUAACAGGGAAGAGAGACCAGUUCAGUCAGCACAGCACUUAUUCACGGUUGAAAAAUGUCAAAUUGGCCAUUAUUUAUUGAUAAGAUUUGUGGACCGGUAGCCUGUAGCUCUUAGUACAGUGUCUUGUCAUAUUGCAAUGAACGUCAGAGUUUCCGUGGUGGUCACAUGACCGGUUGAAUCAUCAAGGGACAGUAGUAUCCAGUGGUGUGGCCAGUUAGGACCAGACAUUGAUUAGGGUUGCAGCUUAUCAAACAGGAAGCAUAAAAAUGAAGUCGUUUUGAUAAGAGUAGGAAAUAUGAUCGCUGGAUAUGAACAUGUGCCACUGAUAAAACGAACCAUUAAGAGACAGAAUAUGCAGGAAACUGUUAUAUAUUUUAGUAUAACACUAUGGAAGUUGAGACUACUGAAAAAAAUCAUGCUUUUAUUGUGUUGUUGCUUUUAGUGUUUAGUGUGUAAGUCUGAUAUUUUGUGGACAGAAAGUAUGCAUAAUUAAAGAAUAUGUUGCCUUGUAUGAGGAUCAUACCUUCGAAAAUGCAAGUGUGUAGAUGUUCUUGAUUUAUUUUAACUGUCCACCGUGCACAUACCCAGUUGCUCAUUUGCAAGACUUAUUAAUAAUAUAAUAAUUAAUAUUCACGUGUUAAUUUACUUGGCGAAUGGGUCAUUUAUUCUUGAGUGAGUUCACUUGGUUACAUGUAUAGAUGAUACUGUUAAACAGUGGAUAACAAGGCUGGGAAGCAGACAGGUUUGCGGGUUUGAAGCCAGUUAUUAGGCUAUGCUCACUUUUUGCAUUAUGGGUGAUGUCAGGAUUUCACCCGAGACGGUUUUUUGUAAACGAAGCACUUCGAGUAGCGGUAAUCGUGUGGACAAACAAUGUGACCAGUGCCUAACUGCUGCGCAUUAUCAUUGUUGACGAGCCUUUAGCUCUCGCGAACAAUAUUUUAUUUAUCAGUGAGCUGUUUAUUGGGGGGAGCAGCUGUGUAGGUCUUCAUUACGGAGGCCCGUUGGGAGGAAUUUAGAAAAUGUCACCAUGGCAUCGCGCUCUGCCCCGCUGUUGCGCACUCUCCUCGAUUAGCAGUCGCAGACCUGAGCGCUGCGUGUGCACCCAACCUCCGGGUGCGGGGGCGGAAUGGGUGUUUCCAUGGCAACCGCUCUCACCUCCUUGACAGGUGCCAACAUUACCGCGUGGCGCGUGACGGUGCCGAGCACGAAAUCGACACGUGACCCUUCGGCCCGAAUGCAAGUGCCACUGCCCCUCGCGGCCAAAAAAACAUGUAUUUUAGUGCCAAAGAUCGUAUGGCAUACAUUAUGUUAAUUUUGUGUGAUACUAAAAGCUUUCUCUCUGUGUUUGCAUAGCGUGCCAAUAUUUUUAUUUCUCAGUGAGGAAUUUUUCUUAUUUCUCAAAUAAGAAAGGACAAAUGCAAGCUGAAACACAUUAACCCUGUUUUUCAGCCUACUUUUUUAUGACUGAAAACCAACUACACAUGCUGUAUUUCAAGGUCCCUUGAUAUCUGCUAUUUUUACCCUUUCAGCAAUAUUGUAUUGGAGCAUAGCAUAGCCUUAUGUUUUGCUUCCCCAGGGGACUGUGGGUAAUAAAACAUGUGGCCAAGGUUGCUUCCGUAUGCAGCGGCAACACGUGUGUUGCCUGCGUAAGGAGGUCUCCUAAAUCAAGAGCGCAUGGCCAUCUAAUUAAUCUCUCAUACAGAAUGAGCAUAAGCACCAGCAGCCAUUCAGCAUUCGGCAAAGACAGGCACAAAGAUUAGUCACUCACGAGAAGGUGGGCGGUCUGUACUGUCACACAGAAAGCUACUUUCACAGAUAAGUUUCUAAUGGCUAUAAUAGCUAUUUAAAAAUUCUGGCAAAUUAUUAACACGUGGUUAAGAUAUGGAUAGACUAAAGACAAAUACUGUAUUUUUUAUUCAACCUAAAAGUAGAUAUAACAAGAAUAAGCAGUAUACUGUAUAAAAUAUCAAAUAUAUAUUAAAUAUACACACAGUGAACUCCAUAAUGUUUGGAACAAAUACAUUUUUUCUUGAUAUAGCUCUAUACUCUGCAAUUUUAGAUUUGUAAUAAACUAUUUAUGUGUGCUUAAAGUGCACAUUCACACCUUCUAUUAAAGGGUUUUUUUAAAUAUAAAUUUUGGUUUCUCCAUGUAGAAAUUACUACACUUUUUAUAAAUAGUCCCCCCAUUUCAGGGCACCAUAAAUGUUUGGGACAAAUGGCUUCACAGGUAUUUCUGAUUAGUCAGAUGUGUUCAGUUGCUUCCUUAGAGCAGGUACAAUAUCUAGUAGUCUAGGCUUUUGAUUGCCUUUAGAGUCUGUUAUUGGCAUUUGUCAAUAUACAGACCAGAAUUGUGCCAAUGAAAGUCAAGGAAGCCAUUAUGAGGCUGAGAAAUGAGCGGCACGUAUGGAAUGCCCAAAGCAAGUUCUGUCAGGAAACUCUAAUUACAGCCGACCAAUCGGUCGGCCCCAGUAACCAACACCUUUUUAAACCAACAAUCAGACCUCUCAGUGCUGCUGCUUGCCUGCACUGCUUUGCAUGCUUCAUUGCUACUGCUCAGAAUUGUGCUCACCCCCCACCACCCCAGCACCACCUGUUGUUUAGAUCUGCUUCUAGAUACUGGGGGGUUUUCCGAUAUUCCUCCUGUUUAGUAGGAGAGAUGUAUAGACUGAUAGAUAGAGUAAUGCACUAAUACAUGAAACUGAUCCAUUCAGCGCCAAACCAAAAAUGUAUUUACAUACUCAUGUUAAUAUUUUAGUAAGUGAGUUGUCCUGACUGAAAUAAGAAUAAACAUUCAGAGACAUAGUCCAGAAUUUACCUAAAUCAAUAGUUUGGAACAUCACUGGACAAGAAAGAGCACUGGUAAGUUCAGUAAUCACAAAAGGCCUGGUAGGCUAAGGAAGACCUCUACAGUUGAUGACCAAAGAAUUCCCAUCAUAAUGAAGAAAAACCCCCAAACACCUGUUGGACAAAUGAAAAAAGAACACAGCAAUGAAGUACCUAGAAGAGUCUGCAGAGUUCUAAAACAAAAGGCUUGUGGACAGAUGAGACCAAAAUGGACUUGUUUCAGAGUGUUAGCAAGAGCAGCGUGUGCAGGCCUAAAGGUACUGCCCAAGAUCCCAAGACCCCAAGCACCCCCCCCCCCCAUUUGUGAAACAUAAUGGUGGGUGUGUUAUGGUUUUGGCAUGUAUGGCUGCAACAGGUACUGGCUCACUUAUCUCCAUUGAUGAUGUAACUGCUUAUAGCAGCAGCAGAAUGAAUUCUGAAGUAUACAAAAGCAUAUUAUCUGCUGACGUUCAAGAAAAUGUCUCCAAACUCAUUGGGCAGCGCUUCAUCCAACAGCAAGACAAUGAUACGAUUCAAUGAUACUGCUAAAGCAACAAAGGAGUUUUUCAAAGCCAACAACUGGGAAAUUCAUGACUGGCCAAGUCAUUCACUUGAUCGAGUCCAACAUGUGUUUCAUAUGCUGAGGAGAAAACAGCCUCCUGAAACAAACAGGACCUGAAGAUGGCUGCAGUACAGGCCUGUAGAGCAUUACCAGAAAAGAUACUCAAAACCUGGAGAUGUCAAUGGGUCACAAACGUCAAGCACUCAUUGCAUGCAAAGGACGUGCGACAAAGUGCUAAACAUGACUAUCUUUAUUUACAUAACAUUAACGUCGCAAACAUUAUGGUGCCCUGAAAUGUGGGAAUUAUGUAUAAAAAGUGCUGCAAUUUCUACAUGGUGAAACCAAAGUGUAUAGAAAUACCCUUAAAUAAAAGCUGAGAAUGUGCACUUUAACCACAUGAUUGUUUGAUUAUAAAUAUAAAAUUAUGGAGUACAGAUCAAAAAAAAAUAUGUCUGUCCGAAACAUAAUGGAGCUCACUGUGUAUGUAUGUAAGAUGCAAGAUAUAAACCAUGGCAUAUGGCACUACAGGGUGGUGACUGUUAACCACUUUGAAGUGCCAUAUAUUCCUUUAUAUGCACUGGCAUGGAGUGGUUUAUAUCUAAGACACAUACGUACAUACAAACUAUUUGGACCGUUGGUAAGCACAAACCUUGUCAUUAAUCUUAUGAUAUAUGAAAAUAAUGAUUCUAUUACAGUAAAAUAAUUCCUUCUCAUAUACCAUACAAUUAGCACCAAUUUUGGCUAUUUUCACCGGUACAUUAUUUAAGAAAAUUGCAUGAAACUGUAACUCAAUCAAAUUUACUCUGUCUUGCUUUUUAAAAUGGUUUGGUCACACAGUGUAGACAGUGUCUUUCCAGUCCCUCUCAGGUUAGAAUGUAAACUGGAUUCAUGCUAGGUUCGCCAUCUCUCACGUUACCUAACUAAGAUUGAAAUUCAGUUUGGUUGUUAGUCAAAAUGAUCUUGUUAUACUGGAUAGCUAAGCUAGAUUGUUAUUCUGGAUAGCUAGCUAGCCAACUAUUGCAUUAUAUUCAAAACAGGUUAAACUGUAAAGAUUCAGGACAAAAUGUGAGUUUAAUAUGGAAUACCUAUUGUCAUUUCCAAUUACGGGAUGAUUCCGUAUCUUACAGGACAGUUAGCAACCCUAAAUCAAGUUUUUACAGUCGUUCAUGGACAACAAGCCGAUUAUGCUUUAGCUGGCACUGGCUGGACACAUCCCUUAACACUGCUGCAAGUGUGAUAGGCUGUUGUAACAGUUGGCUUAUGGCAAAAAAAAGGCCAGUGUCUAUGUUUGUGUUAUCAAAUCAGACUGUUGAUGCGCAUUAAUUUAGAAGCAUGAUUAAGCUUUUGCCUGCACUGCUUCACAGCUGAGUGUUUAUAGAAAAAGAAUGUAUACCUCUCAGCCAAUCAGAACUGGGUACUAAGCCAAGUGUUUACAUAAACAAAUGUAAUGCACUGCUGUCAACCAAUCAGGAUUGCAUAUUAAUCCAGCCGUAGUUUAUAAUUUAGCAUUUAUAUAAUAUAUGUAAUUUCAGUUAGUAAAUCUCUUAUGUAUCACUCCAGUCCACUAUGCUCUACUGCAGUGAUUCCCUUCCCUAGUCCAUCAUACCCCUGUGAAUGCUGGCUUUUGUGCCAGGCAGACUGUUGAUUAAUUAAUGUUGCUGAAAAUUUGCUUAAGUUCCAUAAUUUUGUGCUGAAACAGAUUUGGCUUUGGUGCACAUUUGGCUCCUUGCAUUUGCAUUGUCUUUGAACUCACCAUUUUCUACCAAUGGUUUAGUUUCAAUGACAAGGUUUCCACACUUUCAGGACUGUUUAGGUCUAUAGAGCAAUCAAUAUAACAUGUAACCGCUUUCAGAAGGAAUCACAUCCCACAGCAAAUUACAGAGAGUUAGCUUGCAUUAGCUGUCUGAGUACUCAUCUCACUGAUUUAAAGUCCUUUAGUACCCGUGGAAUAUUCAUUCUUCAUAUUCAGUUGCUGAUAUAAUGUGGCAUUAAGAGUGUUAAUGGUAAUAAUCCCCCCCCCAGGCAUUAAAAGUGUCUCAUUAAAAAUUUCUAAAAGAAUCUAAUUAGAGUCAAGACCAUUCUCGGUUGAUGAAGAUGAUACUGAAGUUGUUGCUGAAGUUACCAGUUAUGCGAACUUCCUCCCUAACCCUAGUAGCCACUGCGCUGGAGAGCCAUUUUGGAAUUCCUGCCUGUCGCAGAUUUCUGUCACUAGUAUCAGUUAGCCAGCAGCUAGCCUGACCUGUCAGGCUGGUUACCUUAUGGUAUUAAGAGCAGAAGCGGACUGAUACUCUGACAUGAGAUAAGUCCUCCCAGCUUCUAGGCACACACUACUAAACCAGUGCUUCUUUUGAUCAUGCAUGAUCUUACAGUAUGUAGUUGAUGUUAUUCCCUAUAGCAUAAAGUGUUUUGUCUUACUAAAAGGUUGCAGACAGGGUUGGGGUCGAUUGCAUUUAAAUUCUGCUGAUUCAAAUCAGUUCUAUGAAUUGAAAAAUGUCCUUGCAUUCUGUGAGGAUAUUUAUAUUAAUGAAACGAACUGACUGAAUUCAAGUGGAAUUGACCAUUUAUGUUUUGUUUUUUUAAAUUAUAUUUAAGUGAGAGUAUUUGACAAUUGAGAUUUGCUUUUUUUUAUAAUUAAGGAGUCAUCCACUUCUUAAACCAUGAACCCCUCUCCCUCCCUCCAUCCCCCCCACCCCCCACCCCCCACCAGACCUCCUCCACACAUCCAUAAUGGUCAUUUAUUCCUGUACAGCCCCCCCCCCCCCUAUCCACAGAACCACAGUGUCUUAAAUGCCUUUUCUUCUUUUUUUACGUUAAAGUCAGUCUGUUAAUUUUCACACUGCUGUAAUUAUUUAUUGACUGGUGGUCUUAAAUAUUUAUUAGAAGGAAAUUAAUAAAGUGCCAGAUCAAUGCCUUUG